ACAUGACAGAAAACUGAAAUACGUAGCGCGCCUUGGGCUGUUUGUCCCUCCGCACUUUCCGUAGUUGAAUUUGUAGCCGCGGUGCUAGCAGUUUGUUAUCUAUCACUAUUCCUUCCUCUUCAGGGCUGAGUGAUAGUUAUUUUCAUAGACGGUUCUUGAUGACGACAGCAAUCAGAUAAGAAGACACCAGUCAGACAUUAUACGCUCAGAAUGAGUCGUGAAUUAGACCUCGCAUUCAGAAGUUAAAACUGCUGAUUCUCAGCGAGCACAAUAAAGAGAACCAGUCAGAAAGCAAAAAGGUCUGUAUGAGUGUGACUGGGUUUGUAUGACGAGUUUAGGGCAUUCAGACUGGAGGACCUGAAUGCUGAUUAGACGGCUGAGGACUGAAUCGGAUGGACUCGAUGAUGGGUCCUGUUCUGGUCUGGCUUCAGGAUGUGGCGGCUGUGACUCUGCUGAGGGCUCGGCGUACGCUGCUGCAGGCCGCCAUCCUCUUCUGCGUGUUGGUGCUGCUGCUUUGGGUGUCGAUCUUUUUGUAUGGCAGUUUCUAUUACUCCUACAUGCCUACCGUCAGCUUCUCAACACCUGUGAACUACCACUACAGAAGCGAUUGUGAGUCUGCCAACUCUGUUCUCUGUUCCUUCCCAAUGGCUAACAUCUCUCUCCUAAAAAAUGGCAAAGAGCAGGUGUUGAUGUAUGGUCAGCCUUAUCGAGUCUCACUCGAACUGGAGAUGCCGGAAUCACCCGUUAACGAGCAGCUCGGCAUGUUCAUGAUCAAAAUGUCCUGCUACACCAAAGACGGGAAAACCGUUUCCACUGUGGCUCGCUCUGCCAUGCUGCAUUAUCGCUCCAGUCUCCUGCAGACCCUCAGCACCUUGCUGUUCUCGCCAGUGCUGCUCACAGGCCUGUCGGAGCAGAAGCAGCUUAUAGAGGUGGAGCUCUUCUCAGACUACAAGUCGGACUCUUAUCAGCCCACUAUUGGGGCUGUGAUAGAGAUUCAGUCUCGGCGCGUGCAGAUCUAUUCUGCCCAGCUUAGGAUCCACGCCUACUUCACUGGCAUCAGAUACCUGUUAUAUAAUUUCCCUCUAACAUCAGCGGUCAUAGGAGUUGCCAGUAACUUCACGUUCCUCAGCGUGAUUGUGCUGUUUAGUUACUUGCAGUUCAUCUGGGGAGGAUUGUGGCCCCCAGAGCAGGUUAGAGUCCAGGUAAUGAUGGGAGACACAACACGUCUACAAAAGAGGAGAGAGGAGGCCCGGAGACGCAUGCACACAACAGCUAGCGCACCAAAUCUGAAGUACGUGAAGGACCAAGAUGCACCUGCAGACCAAGCAGCAGAGAUUGAGCAAGCUGAAGGUGAUCUAGACACACUCGGUGCAAUUAGUUCACUUGGUGAACCUUCGCAAACUGAAGAGAAUGAUCUUAAUGUUCCACACGUACCGGAGAUCAACACAAGUGACGACACUGAGCUUGAGCAGAGAGCCACUCAGGACACCAGCUUAAGGCAAAGACACGGGCCCUGGAUGCGUCUGUGAGUUCUCUUUUAGAGAAAGUCAACACGCUUGGACAUUUUCUCUUGAGUUACAUGAGAGACGUGUGUGUGUGUGUGUGUGUGCAGAGAAGACACAUCACAACAGGCUUAAUGUGUGUGUACCAAUGUGUGUUUACUGGUGUAAGCUUGUUCUACAGUUUACCUCACUGAGCUUUAACAUUCCCCUCAGCUUUCCAGCUGUGUCUGAAAUAGCUUUGCAAAAGACUAAUUAGUAAUGCUAAUGCACAGCUCAGAUGUAUAUUUACAGCCAGCGCUUAUUGGUGUUCAUGCACACGCUGCUUAAAGUACACUCCUAUGCGCCUAAGUUUAUUUAUUUCACUUGUAAUGAAGGUGAACAACUGCAGAUUCCACUCACAACUUGGUUUUAAAUUCUGAGCAAACACCUUGCUGCUUUGGGGUCAGGAUUAAAGAUUCAUCUGUUACAUGAUGCUUUUAUGGCUUCGGGUUAUUGGUUUUACUUUAUUGUGUUGAAGUUACAGUUGGUUUGUCAAAGUAUUCUGUUUGUUCACGCAACACCAUUGCUAGAAAGCAAAUGAGUGUUUGAACAAACCAUGGAAAUUUCCACUGAGCUGGUUGAGCACUCCCAUCGGUCUGCAUCAAGUGGUAGACCUUUGUUUGUUUGACUUUUUAGGAAUAAAAUGAGGGAUAUACUUUAGACAUGUAUACAAAUUUGUCUAAACAGAAAUAAGUAAAAAAUAUCGUUGGUGAAAUGUUACAUAGUGACACCAUGUAUCAUUUAAAGAGGCUAAUAAAUGUACCCUAAAAACAGGUAGUGUAUGAAACAUGUAAAGAAUGUAAUACCAUGAUAUUUGUUUCAGUUGUUCCAAAGAUUUUAGAAAUAUGUGUGGUGACCUGGGAAAACCACCAAACAGCCAAAAAAAUGCUUUUUUUUUUUUUUUUUUUUAAAAAGACAUACUGAUACUUUAAGAAAACAUAAAUAUGAAUAUUUCAGCAGAAUAAUGUUUGAAAUGUUUUAUUUGCUUCCUAUUUGCCCAUGAUCAUGUUGGGUAAGGAGCGUGUUAAACACACAUGCCUAAAGAUGUUUUAAUUGCUUGCUUGCCAAGUAUGCUUUCCUCACGUAGUGAAUGUCAUUUGAUCAAGUUUCGUGUCAUACGUGUCAGCCUAAGCACUUCCUUUUGUAAACGGCAAACAAAGUUGUGAUGAUUAAAUGUUAAUAAAAAAAUAAUUGGAAAUUCACCCAGCGGAAUAGAGAACACUAAAUUAAUUGGCGAUUAUUUCAGCACAGGUGUAACGACGUGAACAGUGAUCGGUCUGGUCAAGAGUGACGUGAGGCUCCAGAUAAUCAAAUGCCAUGGCUGAUAUUUACCUCAGUCGGUGUAACUAGCUGAUGAUCAAAGUGAAUACUCGUUUUCAGAUGAAAACCUUAAAAAUGCGACAUAAAUGCGACAGAAACCAUGCAUUCAAUUUGUAGUUGCAAAAGUAAAAAUGUACUACUGGUCCAUUGUGUUUGAUAGCGCCUUCCAUUGCUACCUUAAACCUGAUACACUUUUGUGAAAACUAUUUGCCAUAAACAAUGCAAAAAUAAAACAUUUACAGUCUUCAUUUGACUCACCCUCGUAUAAUCUUUCAUAAAGUGUCAAUCGUAUUAUAUUAGGUAUAUAAUAUAAUAAGUUACAAAUGUGGAAGUAGGCAGGGUGUUUGUUUAAUACAGCCUGUUUUUAGGACAUAUAAUAGAAAACUCAGCGUUGAAGGGUUUUCCCAGGCCGCCACACAUAUUAAAGCACACAUCAUCAACUAAACUGUUUUUAAACUCAUCGAUUGUUUGAACUAAUAUUUUUGUACUAAUACAAUGUUUUGUGUUCAGUCUUAUGUUACAUGACUUCUGUAAUGUAUAGUACAAUUUAUGUUGGCUUGGUGUAAUACUGAAGUGUUAAUAUGUGUACGCUAUUACGUUUUCAUGUUAUUUAUUUAAUAAAAUAUUGCUUCUUUGUU